AUGUCUUCCGCCCUCGCCCGCCCGCUCAUGCGGACCACCGCUCGCACCCUCCCUUCCCGCGUCGCCGCUCGCUUCGAGUCAACCACCACCAAGAAGGCCACCGAGUCCGCAAAGGAUGCUGCCGGCAAGGCCAGCGAGUACUCGGCCAAGGCUGCCCAGGGCCUGAGCCGCGCCGCCAGCGCCGCCGGCCCCGCUCUGUCUGGUGCUGUCAACGCCCUCGGCAAGGUCGGCGGUCGCACUGGCAAGGUCAUCAACUUCAUUGAGAGGCCAAUUGCUGACGGAUGUCCGACUACAGAGCAGGUUCCCUGGGUUGUCUACUACUCCCGCGUCACUCUUGAGCUGUCCAAGAUUGUCUUCCACGGCCAGAAGAUGGCUCCUCCCCCCGUCAGCACCUUCCAGUCCUACUUCCAGCGGGCCCUCGGCGCCGUCAAGAACCCCAACGCCCUCCUGAGCUCCGCCUCCUCAGCCGCCAGCUCCGCUGCCAACACCGCCGCCGCUGCGAAGCCCGCCACCAUCGCCUCCCGCAUUAACACCGCGACCGUGGCCACCGGUGCCGUUGUCGCUGCUGAGUGCCUCGGUUUCUUUACUGUCGGCGAGAUGCUCGGCCGCUUCAAGCUCGUUGGAUACCACGGCGAGACCCACGCCGCUGCCCACUAA